UAUAAACUGCAGGCACACGGUCGUUCGAAAUAAUCCGGCAGGGGCGGGAACUUGGCGGGAUUGUUAGAGGGAGAAUCGACCUUUAAACUCGGAAGUUAGACAGCAUCACUAUGGCGACCGUCACGGAGCUGAAGAGCGCCCUCAAAGAGGCGCUGGAGUCCCGGGGAGCCCUGGCCCAGCUGAAGGCUCGGAUCCGGGCGGAGGUGUUCAACGCCCUGGACGACAAGUCGGAGCCGCGACCGCCGCUGCCCCGUGAAAAUAUGCUGAUCAACGAGUUGAUCCGCGAGUACCUGGAGUUCAACAAGUACCGCUACACAGCGUCCGUGCUGACUGCGGAAUCUGGCCAGCCAGAGGUGCCCCUGGACAGGCAGUUCAUAGCCAAUGAGCUGAACGUGGUGGAAGAUGCCAGUGCUUCCAGCGUGCCUCUCUUGUACGGUUUGCUGUCACAUUUUCUGAGCAGCGGAGAGAAGGGGGGUAAGGUAUUCCUGAAGAGGUCCGGCGCUUCUGAGCCAAUGGAUCGUGCCGUCCGUCCCGCUGGUGAUGCCCGGAGGCUUGGUGUCCCUGAAACGCACCCAGCUGGGAAGAGUGGCGCAGAGCCCUUUGUCCUUCAGGGAGGAUACAGAUGACAGCCUCUUUCUGCAGUUACAGUUAAGAGAGCGAGCUGGCUCUGAUUUGCCGCCCCCACACUCUCAUCAGUGGACUUUACAUCCUGUUUGACUGUAACUGAAAUUGUUGUCGCUAGGGAGUAACCUGUCGUGUUUGCCAAGAGAGUAGUACUGUGUACCGUUUGUGUUCCAGCUUUUUUUUAUAUUUUACAUUUUUUAUAUUUCUUUUCAUGUUUUUGUCCUAUUGCAUAAGUUUAAUAAACGAGUCAGUGAUCAA